ACAAAUCAUCUGUCAGUUGUCAUUUCAUUCAACAAAUCAAACCUACAAAAUGUGCAUGAUUUCUUGAAUCUUUUCAAAGAAAACAUCAAGAAUUCCCCAAAAACUCCCUUAAAAAUGUCUGGAUUUAAUCUUCUCAGUGAACAAGGUCUCCGUCUAGAUGGUCGUCGACCCCAUGAACUACGCCGAAUCAAAUGUAAACUUGGUGUAUUCUCUCAACCAGAUGGAAGUGCCUACAUCGAACAAGGUAACACAAAAGUUCUAGCCGCUGUCUAUGGUCCACAUCAGGCCUCAUCAAAAAGAAGCAAUCACGAAGAAGUCAGUGUUAAUUGCCAAUACAGCAUGGCGACAUUUUCAACAGCCGAACGAAAGAAUCGUCCUCGUGGCGAUCGCAAAUCCCAAGAAAUAACCCUUCACCUCCAACAAGCACUUAAAGCUGCCAUCAAGACUGAAUUAUAUCCACGAUCACAAAUCGAUGUCUACAUCGAAGUGCUGCAAUCCGAUGGCGCCAAUUAUGCCGUAUCGGUAAAUGCAGCUACUUUGGCUUUAGUCGAUGCGGGAAUUUGUCUCAAAGAGUACGUUUGUGCAUGCACAGCUUCACUCAGCAAAGACAAUAUCCCUCUAACAGACGUUUCGAAUGUUGAAGAACUCUCUGGAGGUCCAACUCUGUCUGUAGCCUCACUUCCCAGUUCUAAUAAAAUUGCCUUCAUGGAUAUGUCGCAACGAUUCCAUUUGGACAAUUUGCCAAUUGUCAUCGAACAAGCUCUCGGCGGUUGUCGAGAGAUUCAGGCAAUUCUAGAAAAAGAAGUUAGGAAGCAUUUAACUCAAAUAGGAUCAGCUGGCGAUUGGAGUAAUGUUGCCAAAUGAAUUUUGUUUAUUUCUUUUUAUUUUCUGCUUCUUCUAAUAAAUCUUUGGCUACCACAUUGGAAAUCA